GCAAAUAGGCAUGUAAAAAGAUUCAAUUUUUAUCUAUUCAAUUGGGACCAUUUUUUUGUGCAUUGGCAAGCUUCUCUCCAUGAACCUUAUUUGCAUCCAAAUCCCCAUUUUAUGGAUAAACUAAGCAAAUAAGAGGUCAUAAGUAUAUAAUUAAAAAAUUCCAUAUGUGAGAUUGAAGAAUAUUGACUGAUACAAAUCACCUAAAGACAAAUUUGAAUUCAAUCACUCAAGUAAUGUAGUUUUACUCUUAUUCUAAUUCUUGCAAUUCAAGCUCAGAAUAUGUUCUUAAUAUUGGCUAACUACCUUUGACUAAUAAACUUGAGGCUCUUGUGUUGCAAUAUAUAAGUAUGUAAUGUUUAUUAAAGCAACUCAAUUGAGUAGUCAUUCCACCACUUCUUUUAUUAUUGAUUUCAUUCAGGUGAAAAGCUACUGUCUUGGUUGGCUAUAUGAAAUAGCAGAAAGGGAAUGGAAAAAAAAAACUUUAUUGCUGCUUUUUGUAAUUUUUUAUAAUGUUGAUGAGAUUUAGAGGGGGGAAAUUGGCAUGUGAAUUAGACUGGUGAGCUCAGAUAUUGGCACAUGGCAUCUCUCAUUCCCAUGGUGUGUUGAUGUUUUUAAGAGAAUCAGUUGCAGAGAAGGACCACUGAUUAGUGUUGGGGAAACACAACAAGGUUUGUUUUUAAUUACACAAACAGUGGGAAAAGGUCUUAGAAAAUGGUGAGCCUUUCAACCCUGGAAAGAGCCUUGCAGUUUACCAAAUUUGUAUCAGUCAUACAUUAGUUUUAUAAGCAUUUCUACUCUGUGGAAACAAAAAACCUAUACCCCUUUUUGUCAGAACCAAGAAACCAGUUCAUCUACACCUGUUUCUUCAUAUUUAUUGCACUCCAAAUCUAGUCCUUUUUCUUUAUGCCUCUCUCUCCCUCCCUCUUCUGAAGCCUCAGCAAGAAUUGGCUGAGUUUUCAUUCUACUGUUGUAAAAAAGCAAUCUUUUCUUUUCUUAUCCACUCCCUUUUGACAUCUCUCCUCCAAAAAAGAUGGCUUGUUGUCUCUAUUCUUUGCAAUGCUCAAGAGCCUGGCUAGCACUUCUUGUUCCAAUAUGUGCAGUGCUGUCAUCAUCUAGCCAUGGAUCUUUCUUGAUCCCAAUCAUCUUCAUCUUUCUCUUCACACUCUCCAAAAGAAAACCCCAAUUCCAUCAAGAAAAGCAGCAGCCUACAUUGCAAGAAGAGGUGGUGUUGAUGGGAUCACAAGAUUUGUACUCAGAGAGUGAGAGCAUGGAACAGUUCUCAUCAAGUGAGGAUCACUCAUCUGACAUGGAGCAGAGGCUGGACUGCUCGGACGGAUCGAUAUCGGACGAGGAGAGCCUCAUUGAGAUAGAAAUCCCAAGUGGGCAGUUUGUGUGGAAUGGCAAUAAUGUGAAGUGCUGCAAAGAGUUUCAUAAGGAUUUCUGGGGAGAGAUGAAUGAGUUCAAUGAGGAGGAUGACAACUUGAUUGAGAUUGACAUCAAGAUGGGAUUCAUAAAGUGUUGAAGGAUCAAGCAAGGGGAAGGAACUCAGAUAUGUAUAUAACUCAACUUGUGUUUUUGAUCCAAUUUGGAUUUGUUUGAGCUUUGGUCAUUAGUUGAGGUGGUUGUUGUCUAAGGUUCAGAGAGAGGGGGAUGGGGAGUAGUGGGUAACAGCAUGAGUGGUUUUGCUGUUUGUUUACCAAAGUGUGCAACUUUGAUCUUUUUUUUAAAAAAAUUUUUUUAUUUCAACCA